CCUACAAACCAAACAAACACAGCCACUCAUAUAUAUAUACAUAUAUACCCAAACCCCAAAUAAACACCAGAUCUGCGUUCUCUCAAAAGCAAAGAUACUCCUUUCACAAUACAACCACAAUCAAAUUCAGCAAAAUGGAAAACUGCCAACAAAGCUCAACAGCAGAGAUCGUGACCGUUGAUGUUCAAAAAGCUAAAGAUCUCAUCCAUUCAGGCUAUCCUUAUCUUGAAGUGAGGACUGAAGAAGAGUUCAAGAAGGGCCAUGUAGGUGCAGAGAAGAUUUUGAACAUUCCAUACAUGUUCUUUAAACCUGAAGGUAGGAUGAAAAAUCCUAAAUUUGUGGAGGAAGUUUCAGCAGCUUACAACAAGGAUGAUCAUCUUGUCGUGGGUUGUCAAAGUGGAGCCAGGUCUCUUAAAGCAAGUACCGAUCUUGUUAAUGCUGGUUUCAAGCAUGUGUACAAUAUGGAUGGUGGUUAUGCUGCAUGGGUGGAGAAUGGAUUUUCUGUGAAGAAGCCAUCAACAGAGAUGCCGGGAGAGAUCGUGACCGUUGAUGUUCACAAAGCUAAAGAUCUCAUCCAUUCGGGUUACCCUUAUCUUGAAGUGAGGACUGAAGAAGAGUUCAAGAAGGGGCAUGUAGAUGCAGAGAAAAUUGUGAACAUCCCUUACAUGUUCUUUAAACCUGAAGGUAGGAUGAAAAAUCCUAAAUUUGUGGAGGAAGUUUUGGCUGCUUGCAACAAGGAUGAUCAUCUUGUUGUGGGUUGUCAAAGUGGAGCAAGGUCUCUUAAAGCAAGUACCGAUCUUGUUAAUGCUGGUUUCAAGCACGUGUACAACAUGGAUGGGGGUUAUGCUGCAUGGGUGGAGAAUGGUUUCCCGGUGAAGAAGCCAUCAGCAGCGCUGUAAUCAUAUGAGUUUUGUAACUUUAUAAGAGGGGUGACAAAAAAAAAACACACACAUAUAUUUAUAUAUUUGCUAUUUCCACUUCAUAAUAACUUUGCUUAACAGAAUCACAGUUCAUGUAUCGUGCACUGUAUGUGUGUAUUAUUGACUUCUUCACCCAAGGAAUUAGACAAUAAAUUGUAAACUUUUUGGUGUAUUAGUCAGUAAUUUCUUAUCAAAUCUGAUGAUGUAUGUUUUUACUUUA